AUGGUGGACGCACGGGGUGAAUUCGAACGCAGCUGGGCUAGCGUAGAAAGAAAACCUGAUGUGGAGCAAAGGGAGGGCAAUUUCCACGACCAAGAAAGCUUGCAAAGACAGGUCGACGUUCUCAACAAAAAGCUGGAGAUAUACAGAUCAAGAGAAGCUUCCAUUUGUAAUAAUCUUAAUACGAUACGGGAUGAAGACGAAAAAAAAAAGAAAGCACUGCAAGAUCUAAAGCAAAACAACCAGAUACUCGUCAAGAAGGUGCUUAAACAAGAGAAGGAAAUAGGGUUGAUGCGAGGAAGGCUGAAGGAGAACCGAGAGAAAUCUAUCAACUUGUCAAAGGAAUUUUUUUCCUUGAAACAGCAGAAAGGGUUUGACGAUAAGUCACAGAAACUGCGAGAAGAGAAUUGUGCAUUGAGAAAGGAACUGAUCCAAAUCCGAGAUGAACACGUGCACAAGAUUAAUCCAAAUCGCGACGGUGAGGGCUCGGGGAAGGUCAAACCACCUCGUAACCUGGUCGGGGAGAAAGUAGGAGAGAAAGCUGGGGGAAUGAAUGGUAAAAGUGAGAGAAUGGGAAUGGAGGGUCUCAAAUGGCAACUUUGGGCAUCGCAAGAAAGCGAUGGCGAAGAAGUUAAGGGUGCCAAAGUUAAGUGGACUCAAGCCAGUUCAGCAUUUGGGGGCACCGACUUUGUGAACUUCCAGAACGAAGUCGAAGACGUUUGUCAAGAACUCCAACAAAAGACAAGCUUGAUACAAAAGCUUCGAAAAGACUUGCGAAGAAGAGAAAGUGAAUUCAGCAAUUCGUUCAGCAAGAGCAUGGUUGAAGCCAACGAAAGUCUUGCCAAAGUCAAGGAGGAGACCGCCGAGACAAUUGCAACACUCCAAGAGCAACUCAAGAAAAAAGAGAAUGUUGAAAAAAAUAAUUCAGAGCUUCAGAGCCAAAUCGAGAGUCUGCAGAGCAAUCAAAAAUCGAUCUGCAAUCGCUAUGACGUAGAAAAAGCUGUAAAGAACGGGCAAAUUCAUGCUCUCGAGAAGACGAUACAAACUCAGGAGCAGGUUAUCGAGAAUAUAAAGGAAGAGAUGCAAGAACUAAGGAAUCAGAAAGAGAAGUUGUCAAUUGACAAAACGGAAGAAGCUCGAGAUUUGAAGCUACAAGCCAAUGCUUUGAAAGCCCGUGCAGAGGCAUUUGAAAAAACUGUAUCGGAAUUGAACGCAACAGUAGAAAGACAAAAGAUAGACUAUCUAGCACAAGUGCAAAGUUUGCAGCUGAUAAUUGAAGAGAUGGAAAGGGAGGGUCCACUAUCACGAGCUAUCGAAACUUUGGAGAAAACUGAAAUGAUGACAGAAGUUCGACUUCGGGUUGGAGAUCUGAAGGCCAUGAACCAACGAUUGCGGGAAGAAAAUUUGAAACUCGGUUUUAAAAUCGACGCUGCAUCAUUAAAGCUAAAGAAGAUGGAUGCCCUAGAAGAGGAGAGCAAAGAAAUCAAAGUUGAAUUUGCAAGAAUGAAGGAAAACCUCGAUCUGUUUCAGUCGCCCAAGUUUGAUGAUGUACAAAACGAGAAUCUCAUGUUGCGCGAAAAGCUGAAAUUCAUUGCCACAGAGCUCAGGCAAGAUGAAAGAAAUUGUCUGAUUGAAGAGGCAAAUGAAUGGCGUAAGCAAUCUUCGGAUGCAUCGGCUACCAUACCCUCGUCAUUCAGUAAUCUAAGUGACUAUUGCGACAAGUUCGCACCAGAAGAUGGCCCCCCAGUACGAAUAGACGAGGCUUCUACUGCACAAGGCGCUGGUAUGAUUGACGAUGCGACGAUAGAGGAUCUCUCAAAGUUAAGCAUUGACAACGGUAAAUGGCUAUAG